AUGGCUCCCAAGACAGUGCUGAUCACCGGCUGCUCCUCCGGCAUCGGGCUGGCGCUGGCUGUGCGGCUGGCACAGGACAAGCGGCGUCGCUUCCGAGUCAUCGCCACCAUGAGAACGUGGGCAGGAGCGGGGCACUGCGGCAGCGGCGGGGCCGGCGCUGGGCCGGACAUGGAGAUCAAACAGUUGGAUGUCUGUGAUGAGGCCUCGAUCCGUGCCUGCCUGGACAGCAUCCCCGGGCGCCACGUCGACAUCCUGGUCAGCAAUGCCGGGGUGGGGAUGGCGGGUCCCCUGGAAUGCCAGAGCCUGGCAGCCAUGCAGAGCCUCAUGGACACCAACUUCUUCGGCCUCGUCCGCUUGGUCAAGGAGGUGCUGCCCCGACAUGAAGCGGCGGCGCGGGGGCACAUCGUUGUCAUCAGCAGCAUCAUGGGCCUGCAGGGUAUUCUUUCAACGACCAUCUACGCGGCCUCCAAGUUCGCAGUGGAAGGGUUCUGUGAGCUGGUGGUGCAGGCGCUGCGCUUCAAUGUGGCGAUCAGCCUGGUAGAGCCGGGGCCGGUGAUGACGGAGUUUGAGACGAAGCUGUACGAGGAAGCUGAACGCGCCGAUUACUCCCGGACCGACCCAGAGACGGCUGAGAUCUUCACCAACCUCUACCUGAGGAACUCCAAGGACGUCUUCGCCAGCCUGGGACAGACCCCCGAGACAUCGCAGAGGUGACGGCACACGCUGCGGGUGAUCGAGGCGGCCCGGCCACCCUUCCGACACCAGACCAACGCCGCCUACACCCCGAUGGCCGCGCUGAAGCACGCAGACCCAAGCGGCGCCCUGGUCACCGAGGCCUUUUACAACCUGGUGUUCAAGUACGACGCCGUGCUGCGACUCGGCCUCCGCGCCAUCCGCCUGCUCCGCUGGAAGGCACAGGUGAAGGCAGGAGUCCGGCUGCUGGGCUUCAAAUAG